CUCAAAUGCGCAACGCCCGCCGUUGAGGUUGCACGCGAAUUUGAAUUGCCGCCGCGAACUGUAUAAAAAAGACGUAAACUACUAACGAGAGAGUUUACUAAGUGAUCGGAGUGAAAACCGAAUUUGGCACAGCGUUUCAGCUAAAAAGUCUAUCUGUUUGUGCGCCCAGUGAAAUUUAAGUGAAAAUUUGCCAAUUUCAUAGCACCGGCCAGCUGUGCACCUGGAUUAAAGCACACACCGCUGGAAAUUGAAACCGAAAACGAAACCCAAACCCAAACCCAAACCAAUCAAAUAGUUUCACUUUUUAUUGGAUUAGCCGCAGCAGCAGCAGAAACUCAUCUCAAUUAAACAGCAGCCGCAGCAGCUGAAAACAGGAAAUUUUUUUGGCAACUUUUGGAUGCCCAAAAAUGGCACACUAUGAUCAACGUUGGCUGAAGCUCUUCUCCGGCUGCCUUUUCCUCCUUUUGCUGGCUCUGCAGGUUUCGGAUGCCAAGCGAUCAAAUGCCAACCUUACGGCCUGCCAACACUUAAGACGCUCUGAGACGAGAAGAGCGAAAGCUUUGCAAUCCGGCUUUGAAGGACCAUCAAUAAGAGCACCACGUUGUCUGAAGAACGGUGACUUUGACACCAUCCAAUGUCAGAAUGAAAAAGCUGGCCGAGAUUGCUGGUGUGUGGAUGAAUACGGCGUGGAACUUCCUGGCAGUCGAAAUGAGACGAGAGCGGGAGUGAUUUGCUCCGAACCAAAGCAUUGCGCCGCUUCCGCUUGUAGGAUGUUUUGUCCCUCGGGAUUUGCCCGUGAUCCCGAAACUGGAUGCUCAGUUUGCCGAUGCCGAGAUCCUUGUGAUGGACUGGAGUGUCCUCGAGGACAAUCCUGCCAGCUGCAGGAGGUGCAAUGCAAAUCAGAGCCAUGUCCUCCAGUGCCCACCUGCAAAAAGGCGAGAUCCUUGGCCAAUCUGUGUCCCGCUGGCUUGCCACUUGCCAUCGAUGAUACAGUGAGACCAUUCCUUUGUGGUCAGGAUCCCGGAAAACCACAGUGUCCACCUCUGUAUCAAUGUCUGGUAGAGUCUGGCAACGAUUAUGGAGUGUGCUGUCCUAGUGCACUGACCUUCCAGAAACCCGGAAUUUGUCCGGCUCCAGAUAAAACUCAAUAUACAGAACGAACGGGUUACAUGUGCGGAUCCCCUUGCUCUCACGACUUGGAGUGCCGGAAUAUGGAGAAGUGUUGCUUCACCAAGGGUUGCCAAUUCAACUGCCAGCAGCCGGGAAAUGUCACGGGUUGUCAUCAGGCCAAGGCCUUGGCGGACAUCCUGUCGAUCAAUGAGCGCGAAGGACGUGGCUAUGUGCCCGAGUGCAAUGGUCCAGGUGGCCAGUUCUCCCCGAAGCAGUGCUCACGCAAUGGACUCGUCUGCUGGUGUGUGGAUCCCCGAACGGGUCACAAGAUCAAGGAGACCAUGGGUGCUGCAAAUAGUGUGAAUUGCGAGGGUUGGGAGAACAUGAUCAGCAGAUCGUAUGCCAGAAGUUUCCAGAUGGAGCAGUGCGAUACCAACAUUUGUGCUGCCGUUUGCGAGUAUGGAUUUAAGAACGAUCACAAUGGCUGUCCCACCUGCGAGUGCUCGGAACCCUGUGAUGGUUUCAAGUGCUCCAUCGGUUCCCAUUGCGAGGUGGCCACCGAUCCUCUGUGUGAAUCGGGUUCUUCCCUUUGUGCCUCUUGGCCAGUUUGUAAACCCGAUUUGGUCUACUCCAAUCCCUGUGAUGUGGGAACCCCACUUUCGGAUACUGUCACUGGUGAGGUGAUGUACUGCUUUGAGGAGCGACAAGGACGUAGUUUCCAGCCAUUGGCCUUCUUUGAACCGGAACCAGAAUCCCAAUCCAAACAGGGUCGUUCCAUGAGCAAUCGCAUCGUGUGUCCCGAACAAUACAAGUGCACCAAACUCCAUAGGGAAACGGAAAAUGUUUGUUGUCCAGUGCCGGAAAAGGUCAAUCCAACCGAAGAUUCAACGGGAACGCAUCAGCAAACUAUGUGCGAAUAUCUGAGGGACUUUUCCGAACGAAUGGAGGGCACUGAGGAGGGCAUGCAGUUGGCGGUUCCUUCACCUCGUUGCACCUCCGAAGGAGAUUACGAAGGACGUCAGUGCCAGCUGAAGAAGAUACGAGUAACCCGAGCGGAACAGCGAAAGAUCCUGGAGGAGAACACCAUCCGGCGGAUGAGGAUGCUCCUGGCCAGUGCUGCUCCCAGUGUCCCCAAACGAUCUCGUCGCGAUUCGGAACGCCUAAAGCUCUAUCGAGUGGAUGACAGUGCUCUUAAGGUCCAGGUGGCUGCUCCUGUGAUGGGUCGCAGUGCCAAGGUGAUCGACAUGGGUGCGGAUCGCCAGCAGGGAUUGGGUCAGCUCUUCGAAACGGAGUUCAAGAAGGUAGCUUCGGCCACCAAAAGACCACCGGAGAACGAGGAUGAACUGGUGGAAAUGGAAGUGGAGCAGUGCUGGUGUGUGGAUAGUUUUGGCACCGAGAUUCCCCGAUCGAGAGGAUAUAAUGUGAGCGAGGAGACUUGCAGGAGUUUAAGGGAGGAUUUGGACUGCCUGGAUCUCACCUGCAGAAUGGGUUGUGAAUAUGGAUUCGCUUUGGAUCAGGAUACCCGUUGUCCUGCUUGCCAGUGCAGAGAUCCUUGCGAAGGAGUCACCUGUGGCUCUGGGAAGGAAUGCCGCGUGGUGGAUGUGAGCUGCGAAGGGGAAUACUGUCCACCAGUUCCCGCCUGCUUGCCAAGGAAACCAGGACAGUGUCCCUAUCUAGUGCCACCUGGUCCAGAUAACCUGGAUGCGAAUACCUGUGCAUAUGAAUGCCGAACGGAUGCCCAUUGUGAUGGAGCCAAGCGUUGUUGCUCCAACGGAUGUGGCACCCAGUGUGUGGAUCCCCAGCUGAAAACUGCCUGUCAACAUCUGCAAUCGAUUCAACUGCAUCAGAGUUCUGAGUUGGGAAUCCCUGCUCGGCAAAUGGCAGUGGCUCAAUGUGAUGCAAAGAGUGGAAAGUGGGAGCAAAUCCAGUGCUCACCUGAUGGUAACUGCUGGUGUGUCGAUGAUCAGGGGAAGAUCCUGCCCGGCACAAAGGUCAAGUCCCCCGAAACACCAAAAUGCCAGGAGAACUCCAGUUUCGCCUGUCCAAAGACGAACUGCAGCCUCCAGUGCGAAAGUGGCUACCAAAUGGACUCGAAUGGCUGUCCCACCUGCGAGUGCAGAAACUACUGCAAUGAAGUGAGCUGCUCCCCUCACGAGGAGUGCCAACUGAUCUCCGUGGAGUGUGUGGACAGUCCCUGUCCCAAGAUGCCCAUCUGUGUUCCUCGACGGGCCUCCGUUUGUCCCGAGGGCAAUCCCCUGCAGCAGGGAGAUCUCGAUAUGAGUUGUGGACCCCACAACGAGCACGAGGUGUGUCCCACCACCCACUCCUGUCAGCUGAAUCCGGUUAGCAAUCGAGGUGUGUGCUGCUCCAAGACCCGCGAUGUCUGCUUUGAGUCCAUGGAUAAUGGUUGCCUGGCCACUGGGAAAUCGGAGCGGAAUAGCACUCGCUAUAGGUUCAGUCCCAAGGCCAAUAAGUGCUUACCAGUGGUCAUCGAUUCCGAGGCACCCGCCUGCCAAACGAAGAACCUCUUCCACAACGAACUGGCCUGCAACUCCGUUUGUCCAGUUCUUACCCAAUGCGAACGCCUCAAGCUGAAAAACAGUUUGGCUGCCCAGCGAACCGGACACUCCUCCGUGUGGUUCCAGCCAAGAUGUGACCCCGUCACGGGUCACUGGAGUCCAGUGCAGUGUUUGGGCAAACAGCCGCAACCCACGGACCUCCACCACACGGAGAUUGUGAGUCGUGCUUUCGCAUCGGAAACCUCAUCCGCUGGCGAGGAUUCCCCUGGAGUUUGCUGGUGUGCGGACAAGAAGGGUGCUCCGCUGAAGGGAACUCUCACCCGGGAAACUGAACCCAUCUGCAACAGUCGACAGGCUCGCAAUCGCAAGAACUUCGAUGCAGGAGAUCCGCUAAUGGAGCAACUGAUUGCCCAGCUCACCCAACUGAAUGAUGUGGCUAGCGAGGAUUUGGACUUUGAUGAGCUGGAGGCCAGGAUUCUACCAGCCACCGCUAGUGCAGCGGAGUCCAGUGUGACUGAAAGGGUUCUCGAGUUGGCCAACUCCCUGUUGGAUUCCCAACUGUCCGUGGAGCAGGCUACCCUGAAACCCAUGGAGCUGAAGACCACUCGUUGUCGAGCUCUGGCGGAAACGGCUCCAUUUCCGGUUAGUUGCGACGAAGCGGGAGCCUUUCGUCCUCUGCAAUGCAAUGGAAGGAGUUGCUGGUGCGUAGAUGCUGCUGGAAAUCAACUGCAGGCCACUCACAUUUUCGGAGCCGGAGAUCGUCGGUGCAAUCAUGUGCCCAUCGAAGCGGUGGCCAUUGAACUCCACUUGACCAACAGCAGUGGCAAAAGUAUACGAAAUGCCUAUGACACGAUUCGAAGGGAAUUGCAACAGCUUCUGGGCGGCGAGUCCGUGGAGAAUCUGCGGGUGCAGGAGAACUUCGAUGGAUCCGCAAUCGUUCGAUUUGAGCUGCACAACGAGGCCAAGGUGGAUCUGGCCUUUGCCAUCGAAUCCGCCAUUUCUGCAGGGGAUUUCCGCUUGGCAGGCGGUCACUUCCUGCCGGACUUGACCCGCUCGCACUUUGUGCACCGAAGUGCACAGAUCCCAGUCGCCCAGGCGGCCACUUCGCAGGACGAGUCCAUCCAACUGGUGCUCUUCAUCAUGGCCACCAGUUCCGCCUUCCUGGUCAGCAUAUUUGUGGUCUAUGUCAUGCUGAAAAGGAACCGGAAUCUCAAGUCCGUAAAUCCGUAUGUGAAAAGCGGAAAUGGAAACGGAGAUAAAGCGGUGGACUAUUCUGCUCCCAUUUUCGUGCUGGCCGCCAGCGAUAUGGAUGCCCAGUUGGACAGCAUGAAGGGGUUCAAGGCGUAGGCACACGCCUUUUGUUGAGUUAUCUAAAUCAAUUUGUAAAUAAACGAGAGCAAAUUUAAGAUCUACUUUUAGGGGGGAGGAGUUCCACGGCGGAGGUCAGAGGUCAUGAUUCUGCCCCACUUAAGCCAAAAGGGGAGUGCGACCAAAGGGGCCCCCAAAAUCGAAUACUUAUCGCAUAUGUUCUAGCACCCUAAGACGAUUAAUUUAUGAAUAAAGCUUUAAAAUCGA